ACAGAAUGCAUGUGUAAUAUUCGAACAAACAAACCUGACACGCGGAGUGGUAGCUGAUGGGAUUGACUGUAAAUUUCUAAAUGGGAAAUGCCUUUACGGUCGCUCCUACCAGCCCCCGCGCAGUGUCAACUUAGUUCGAGCAUAUUAUAAUCUUUGCAUACUUACUGAUCCAAUUGGAGGAUGGUGAAUGUUUUCUUUACGUGAUCUUUGGAGAAGCGAACCACGUGGAAAUGUGUACAUAAGUUUGUUUUUAUUGUGGUUGUAAUUGUGCGGUGUAAACACGACAUAGUUUUCUUUGGUAUAUCUGUUACUUGUUGUUAAGGAACGGCUAGAAUGGGGAUAUGCGGAAACAAGAUGUUAGUUAUCUCUGCUUCUUAAACUUAACGUAUAACAGUAGUAGUGUCAAUUUAAAAGAAAUAUAUCCGGCCAUUCUACUAAAGCUCACACCAUGCUCAAACGCCGUAAUAACCAGCUGCCUGAUAAUUUACCGCAGCUCCAGAAUUUAAUUAAAAAGGAUCCAGAAUCCUACAAAGAUGAGUUCAUGCAACAGCAUAACCAUUUUGACUCGAUGUUGAAAGUGUUUCGCCUGCAGCCUGAUCGCUACAAUAAGAGUCUUGAUGAAUUAGUAAUGUUUCUUGCACAGGUUUCACAUUGUUAUCCUGAUGUACUUGCUAAAUAUCCCCAACAACUGAUAGAUAUCUUACAAACACAUCAAACUGUUCUUGACAGUGACUUCCGAAUGACAUUGUGUCGAGCACUUAUUUUGCUGCGCAACAAAAAUUUGUUAGCACCAACAGACCUGCUUUCUCUCUUCUUCCAGUUGUUACGUUGUCAAGAUAAACCACUGAGAAAAUUUUUAGAAACACACAUAAUCACAGACAUUAAGAAUCAAAAUUCCAAGCACAAGAAUGCACGGUUGAACACGACCUUGCAGAACUUCAUGUAUAGUAUGCUGAAGGAUACUAAUUCCAAAGCAGCCAAAAUGUCAGUGGACAUUAUGAUAGAACUGUACAAGAAAAAUGUGUGGAAUGAUGCAAAAACAGUCAAUGUGAUUGCAACGGCGUGCUUUUCAAAAUUUGUGAAGGUUAUGGUAGCAGCACUAAAGUUUUUUCUUGGAACUGAUCCAGCAGAAGAGAAGUCCGAUGAUAGUGACUCUGACAAUGAAAUAUCAGCCAAAGACGUUAUCAUGGCAAAUCGUGUGAAUAAAAAGAGCAGGAAAAGAGAGAAACAACUUAAGAAAGUAAAGCAGCUGAUUGUGAAGAGUAAAAAGAAGAAAGGUGGUGUGCCUGCAUUUAAUUUCUCAGCUCUGCAUCUAGUACAUGAUCCCCAAGAUUUUGCAGAGAAACUUUUCCGGCAAAUAGAGACAACCAAUGAAAGGUUCGAGGUAAAACUUAUGACACUUGAUGUAAUAUCAAGACUAAUAGGACUGCACCAACUGUUCCUUUUCAAUUUUUAUCCAUAUAUUCAGAGGUUUAUGCAACCUCACCAAAGGGAGGUGACGAAGAUGCUACAGUUUGCUGCACAAGCUUCUCAUGAGUUAGUGCCUCCUGAUGUUUUAGAACCAGUUCUUAAGACAGUGGUGAACAAUUUUGUCACAGAAAGGAAUUCAAGUGAUGUAAUGGCUAUAGGAUUGAAUGCAGUCCGUGAAAUUUGUGCUCGAUGUCCAUUGGUGAUGAACGAGGAUCUGUUGCGUGACUUAGCACAGUAUAAACACUAUAGAGACCGCAGUGUCAUGAUGGCUGCUAGAUCUCUCAUACAGCUAUUCCGUGUUUCAAUGCCCAAGAUGCUUCAUAAGAAAGACCGAGGACGCCCAACUGAAGCUUCAAUUGAGUUAAAGGUAAAGCAGUACGGUGAAGUAGACGCAAAAGAUUAUGUGCCAGGUGCAGAAGUUCUUGCAAAAAAACAAUCACAGGAUGCUGAUCUCCAAGAAACAGAAACAACUGACAAUGAAGAUGGUGAUUCAAGUGAUGGUGAAGGUGGCAGUGACAGUGAGGGUGAUGACUCUGAUGGUGGUGAUGAGGAUGACGAUGAUGAUGAUGGUUGGGUUGAUGUUCACCAUUCCUCUGAUGAAGAACCUUCUGAAAAUAAUACAAACUGUGCAGAUGAGGAUAACAAUGAAGUGGAUAAAGUACACUUAGCCAAAGAAAUCAGUACAAUGAGAAUAUUAACUGAUGAAGACUUCAAGCAGAUAGAUACUGAGCUCCUGCGGAAGCAAGUCUCUGGACCCUCCAAAAAACGCAAGAGGCCGAAUGAAGAGGAAACACCUGCUCAGAAGGGAGAACUUGUAUCCUUAGGUGACAUUGAAAACAUCUACAAAAAACGCCGUCAUGAUAAACAGGCCCGUUUGGAAACUGUUAAGAAAGGUCAAGAGGGAAGAGAAAAGUAUGGAUUUCAAGAUCGCCGCAAGAAUCCAUUUUCAAGUAAAACGAACAGAGAAAAAAGAAAAACAAAAAAUUACAUUAUGCUUAAGCAGAAAGCUCGUAGUAAAGUGAAAAGAUCAUUCAAGGAGAAGCAGAUUGCCCUACGAAACCAUUUGCUGAAACUUAGGAAAUUUAAGUAAAAUAAUAAUGACUUACAUCAGUGGACAGCUACGUGUAGUGCAGUGUUGCUGGGAGAUUGAUCAGAGAGGUUCACUUGUCAGCCAACUGUUCCAUCAGUACAUGUUGUUGUGAAAAUCAAUAAUCCUCCAAAAGCUGCAAAUGAGGAUUACUUACAGUAGUUUCUAAGUGCUAAUUUAGUGUUUGAUAUUCUGCCUUAUAAGAGGACAACUUUUUACAAUGAGUAUCAGGAACUUGGGUGUGGUUGAAACUGUAUUCGUUUCAUCAGUUCCCUGCUUCUUUUCUUACCAUUGACAAUAAAACUCAUUUGCUACAGAAGUACAAGAAGAGAGAGCUUACAAAUUCCUUUGUUCGAUUCGUUUAUUGCAAUUCACUCUGAUCUUGAAAGAUUGUCACCAUCAAUAUUUGUGGAAUGCGGACUAAUGCUGUAAAAUAUUAUCUUGUAAUAAAUGUGCAAUCAGGAUAUAAGUUCCUUUCAUCUGGUUGAGAAGAGUGUUUAUAUUUGCCCUUUGUAAAUGUUUUCCAUGUAGGCAUACUGCACUUGUCUAAAGAUUUUCUCUGUAAUUAUGAUAAAUAUUAUAAGAAACACUGAGAGACACUU